AUGUCUGUAAUUUUUCGGACUUUCAAAUUUAAUCUCCAUAGAAAAUCAGUCAAUACACCAUACUGUAAAUGUUUUAUUUUUAGAAAUGCCUCGGGGAGUCCUAAAAAGUUUAUUACUUUUGACGAAGUAAUAGCCCAAAGAAGAGCAGAGGCUCGACGAAGUCUUGUUGUACAAGUAAACUCGGAGUCUUCAUUCGAUGAAUUAUAUGGCUAUUGUUCAAAAUAUUCAAUUGUCAAUGAUGUACACCACUAUCAAAAUUCAAACAAUGAGCAUUACAUGCUCAUCGAAUUUGGUUCAGAAGAUAGCAAGAGGGAAGUCCUGAAAGCUUGCAGUGCACAUCAAAAAAGUACAGAUAUCAUGCCUGUUCAGUCACCUUUCCUUUGGUUUCGUGCUGCGUCUGGAACUAAAGAAAAAUUCUCUAAUACCAAGAAAUCUUUAGCAGUUAAACAUGGUAAUAGUAAAGUUGAUGAAGAUAUGCUGUUUAAGGAGUUGCUAAAUUGUGAGUCAGUCUCGGAUCAGUUGCUCCUGUUGUAUAAUAAAACAAAGUUAAAUGAUAUGGAUAUUAGACUGAGAUUUAUGGUGGCUAGGCAGCUAGAAGCCAUAUUUAGCAGUAUUUAUGCAAAUGUGGCUAUAAAACCAUUUGGGUCAUCAGUGAAUGGAUUUGGCAAAAUGGGCUGUGAUUUAGAUCUUGUUUUGACUAAUACUGUAGCUCCUGAAAUGAUGGAAGCAAGUCGAAGAUUAGUUUUCCAAGAAAAGAUAUGUGAAGGUGGUCGAAGUCCUUGGCAAAGGCAUAUGGAAUUAGUGGCGACUUUACUGGAACUUAGAGCACCUGGAGUUGCCAGGGUGACAAGGAUUUUAAAUGCUAGAGUGCCCAUUGUUAAGUACUCACAUGAAAUGACAGACUUGGACUGUGAUCUUUGCUACAAUAAUACUUCUGGUGUAUAUAUGUCAGAACUACUUUGGUUACUAGGAACUUUGGACUAUAGAGUACAACCCCUUACAUUUGCAGUCCGUAUGUGGGCCCGGGCAUGUUCUCUAACAAGUCCACAUCCAGGGCGAUGGAUUACUAAUUUUCCCUUAACACUUAUGGUUCUUUUCUUCUUACAACAGAAAAGACAUGAUGGAAUCAUUCUGCCCAGUUUGAACAACCUAAUUAAAAUGGCUGGCAAGGAUGACAUUAGAAUAGCUGAAGAGAAUCUCAACUGUACAUUCCUCCGGGACCUAAAUAAACUUCCCGAAGACAGUUACGGACAAAGCAAUGACAGCUUACAAACCCUCCUUUUCCAAUUUUUUGAAUUCUAUGCACAGUUUGACUUUCAAGAUAGAGCUGUUUCCCUUAAUGAAGGUGUUGCCAUUCGAAAACCAAACUCACUCCCGCUAUACAUAGUUAAUCCACUAGAACAGGUUCUAAAUGUUAGCAGGAAUGUAAGCUUUGAGGAGUGUGAGAGACUGAAAAUGGAAGUACGAAAUGCAGCGUGGCAUUUAGAAAGUCUAUUAGAUGGAAAAAAGACUGAUGACUGGGGUAUACUUGGUCUAUUAGAGAAGCAAACUACUAGAAAUCUAAAGAAAUUACUUAAAGUAGGAAAUAACCAUAGACUGGUCUCAGUUAAAGAUUUAUUUGUAGCAGAAACACCAGAAGUAAAUACCAAAUCAGACAGAAUCAGUAAAACUGAACAAUCUAUUAAAGACAGUCUUGAUAGCAAAACGCGAAAUUUGAAGUUUAAAAACACUCAGGUAGCAAAACAGGUUUACAGGAUAAGACGGAAUAAAUUGUUAUGA